CUCGAAUCCGAAAAUCUUGGAAUGGGUUGGGUUUCGUUUUGAGAUUUGGCUUUCAUAUUUCUUGUUUUUCUGAAUUUGAUCAAGAUUGCUUGCGAUUUGUGGUGGUCUUGGGCCCGAGAGAAUGCCCCAGGUUUUGUCCUCCGAGCAAGACCCUGAUGAUCCCGAUACUGAAUUCGUAGAGAUUGAUCCAACUGGGAGAUAUGGUCGGUAUAAGGAGGUUCUAGGAAAAGGGGCUUUCAAGAAAGUAUAUAGAGCAUUUGAUGAAUUGGAAGGAAUUGAAGUAGCUUGGAAUCAGGUUAAGGUGGCAGAUCUAUUACGGAACUCAGAAGAGUUGGAGCGGCUGUAUUCAGAAGUUCAUUUGCUCAAGACUCUGAAGCAUAAGAACAUAAUUAAGUUUUAUAUUUCGUGGGUCGAUUCAAGGAAAGAGAAUAUCAAUUUUAUUACAGAGAUUUUCACCUCAGGCACAUUGAGGCAGUAUCGAAAGAAACAUAAGCAUGUUGAUUUAAGAGCUCUGAAGAAAUGGUCUAGGCAGAUUCUGGAGGGUCUUCUCUAUCUUCACAGUCAUGACCCUCCUGUUAUUCAUCGGGACCUGAAGUGUGACAACAUUUUUGUUAAUGGAAACCAAGGAGAGGUGAAAAUUGGGGACUUAGGACUGGCUGCCAUUCUUCGCCAGGCUCGAUCAGCUCAUAGUGUCAUUGGUACUCCUGAGUUCAUGGCACCUGAGCUUUACGAGGAGGAAUACAAUGAGCUUGUAGACAUUUAUGCCUUUGGGAUGUGCUUGCUGGAGUUGGUGACCUUUGAGUACCCAUAUGUUGAAUGUGCCAAUGCUGCUCAAAUAUACAAGAAAGUGACAUCAGGAAUCAAACCAGCGUCAUUAGCAAAAGUGAAAGACCCUAGAGUUAGAGCAUUUAUAGAUAAAUGUAUUGCAAAUGUCUCUGAUCGGUUGUCUGCCAAGGAACUCUUGAGGGAUCCUUUUCUCCAAUCAGAUGAGGAAAAUGGAAGUGUAGGCCGUUCUUUACAACCCCAUCCUCAUCAUUCAGGUAGUCAUGACCACUUCAAUACUGGUACAAGUUCUAAGGUCUCUCUGCCUGAGUCAAGUCGAGACUUCAAGGUGCAAGGUCAAAGGAGAGAUGUCAACACAAUAUUUCUAAAAUUACGAAUUGCAGAUUCUAAAGGUCAUAUUCGCAACAUCCACUUCCCAUUUGAUAUUGGGGCUGAUACAGCAAUUUCUGUUGCUGGUGAAAUGGUUGAAGAGUUGGACUUGACAGAUCAAGAUGUUUCAACCAUUGCUGCAAUGAUUGACUCAGAAAUUCGGUCCAUCAUUUCAGAUUGGCCCCCAUCAAGAGAAGUUUUUGGGGAUAAUUUGAGCACAGAGGUUGCAAUUUCUGAUAUCUGUCCCCCUGAAAGUGAGGGUGAUGCUUUGCCCUUGAUGAAUGAGUCUGCUACUUCUUCUUGUGGCCUUGUCCUGGAACGGUUGCCUUCAGGUCGGAGGUACUGGUCCGACUCACCCAAGGCAGUUGGUGGAAACUCUCCUAUUAGACCUGCCUUUUCAAACUUGUCUUCUCAGGUUGAUUCGGUAACUACUGAAGGUAGGUUUAGUGAACUUAAUGAGCAAUCUCUUGCUAGUCCUAGAGAUGGAGAUAAGUUAAAUACUGCUGCUUCACUUGAUAAGCGGGAGGAUGAACGUGUAUGUGGUGAUGAUGACGUUGAAGAGAAAGAAGCUAGUAUAUCUGCUGAAACCCAGUUUAGUGAUCAAAACGAUGUGGCUGUAGAAUUACUUGGUGGCUAUAGAGCACCUUCAUGGGGAGGGAACUGUAAAAUAUUAAGGGAAACUGAAUUAGGAGACGCCAAAGUUAUUGUGGAGAAACUUAAGCAUUUGUUUGUAAAACAACAAAAGGAGUUAGACGAACUAAAGAGGAAGCAUGAAUUGGCCAUAUUAGAUCUUGUGAAGGAACUUCCUCCAGACAUCCGUAACAAAGUUUCUAGCCUUUGUAACCUGAAGAUCUCUGGCUCUUUUUCAAAAAUGGAACCAAUGUCAUCAGAAGUUUCCAACUUGGCCAUGUAUAACAAUCUAGAUACUUAUUCCAUUGGACCAACUAAUGUCAAACUUAGUCUCCCAAAAAAAGGUUAAAGAUAUUCCAGGAAGCUCAAAGAUCUCUCAGAUUGUUGGGAAAGUUGGGAAGCAGGAGUCAGCAGCUGCAAAACAUGUCACUGGAGCUGUCUUUGGAGACAGUUCAAAUACGUUGAAGCAGAAUGUCAAAUCUUCAAGAGACAAUGCAGCCAGGUCAUAGCACAGGGAGAAGCUCAUGCUUAUUUGGGAGAUCCACUGGGGUUAAUUCUUGACGGACAAAGCACAAUCUACAUCAUGCUGCUCAGUCGAGAGUUGGCUGAAUAUGUCAUGUGUUUCUGUAAGAUAAGUUUGCCCAUGCUUGAGAGAUAUAUAUCUGCACAUCAUUCACAUGCCUUUGAUUUCAUUUUAAGUCUAUACAUGGUCUCAUGGGUCAUCAAAUUUUCAUGGUGUAUACAUGUACAUACAGUUCAUCAUCUGUGUCAAAAGAAAGGUUAGCUACUUCAAAAUUAUAUGAUAUAUGUUGAGGUAAACUAAUUCUAUUUUUCAA